AUGUUUGGUGGUGUUCAAGGUUCAAGGUUCAAGUGUGAAUGCUGCCUUCUGCCCAGUCAGCUGCUGGUUCCCAGUCUGGACUGGCUGCCGGUGAACGACGGCGUCAUGGUGAAGCUGCAGGGGAAACAACCAAUCAGACUGCAGUUUGGAAAAGCAUCUUCUCUGCCAGCAGGUGGAGCCAGUGGGGGCGGAGGUUUAGAGGUUUUCACCAGGACUCCCAGCUGUCAGAAGAUGGACAACCUUCGUUGUGUUCACAUGGGAGUUUGCCCGACUGAGGACAGUAAAGCCUGCACCAGGUGUGGCUGUGUGACGAUGCUUCGUUCUCCAAACAAGACAAACGCCAUGAAGCAGUGGGAGCAGCGCUGGAUCAAGAACUGUCUGUGUGGAGGUCUGUGGAGGAGGAUCCCUCCAGCUCCGCCCACAUGAACUCACCUGGACUCACCUGAUACAGUCACAUUAUUCCGCAGGAACACAGUCGAGACUCCACCUCCUCAGCUGACGUUGUCUGACUCUCUGUUAGCAGCCACCAUCACACUGAUGGUCACAUGAUCACAUCUUCUUUCUCAGUAGAGCAGCAUGAGUAGAGCUUUGAUUCACUCACUCACUCGCCCAUUAGUGUUUAUUUGAAUGAAAGUGACGCUGUUUUCAUCAUGUCUGAAGUCUCAUGUUCACGAAGAAUGUGUGUGUUUGAAUGUGUUUUUAUACAGUGACUUUUGUAAUUAAAGUGUUCAACUAAA